GGUGCCUCUUCCUUCCAGAUCAGAGGACGCCGGCGACCUGCGGCCCAGGAAGCCUGGACAUGGCAGCUUUCCCGAACUCCUGCCUCCCCGCGUGCCUGCUGGUCCUCACUCUGGUCCGGCUGUCCCGGCCGGAUUCGGCCCCCCUGGACGUGGUCGGCCCCGCGGAGCCCGUCGUGGCGGCGCUGGGCGGCGACGCCGAGCUGCCCUGCAGCCUGUCGGCGAGCGCGAGCGCCGAGCGCAUGGAGCUGCGCUGGUACCGCGGGCGGCGGGCGGCCGCCGUGCUGGUGCGCCGGGACGGGCGCGCGCGCGACGCCGAGCAGGCGGCCGAGUUCCGCGGCAGGGCCACGCUGCUGGACGGCGGCCUCGCGGCCGGGCGCGCCGCCGUGCGCCUGCACCGGGUCCGGGCGUCGGACGACGGCGAGUACCGCUGCCUCUUCCGGCAGGACGGACGCUACGGGGAGGCCAGCGUGCACCUGAAGGUGGCGGCUGUGGGCUCUGAUCCUCAAAUCCGUAUGGAAGUUCAAGAAAGUGGAGCGAUCCGGCUGGAGUGUACCUCAGUAGGAUGGUACCCAGAGCCCCAGGUGCAGUGGAGAACUUCCGAGGGGGAGAAGUUUCCAUCCAUGUCAGAGUCUAAGAAUCCUGAUGAAGAAGGCCUGUUCUCUGUGGCAGCUUCUGUGAUCAUCCGGGACACUUCCAUGAAGAAUAUAUCCUGCCACUUCCGGAACCUCCUUCUGGGCCAGGAGAAGGAAGUAGAGAUGUCCAUACCAGCUUCCUUCUUCCCACGGCUGACUCCCUGGAUGGUGGCAGUGGCUGUCAUCUUGAUGGUCCUGGGACUUCUCACAAUUGGGUCCAUAUUUUGCACCUGGAGACUAUACCGGGAAAGAUCCAGACAGAGGGAAAAUGAAUUCAGCUCUACAGAGAAACUCCUAGAUGAGCUCAAAUGGAAAAAGGCCACCUUGCAUGCAGUUGACGUGACUCUGGAUCCAGACACCGCCCACCCCCACCUCUUUUUGUUUGAGGAUUCAAAAUCUGUCCGACUGGAAGAUUCACGCCAGCAACUGCCCGAGAAACCAGAGAGAUUUGACUCCUGGCCUUGUGUGUUGGGUCGUGAGACCUUCACAUCAGGGCGACAUUUCUGGGAGGUGAAGGUGGGGGACAGGGCCGACUGGGCGGUCGGCGUGUGUAGGGAGAAUGUGGUGAAGAAAGGAUUUGACCCCAUGACUCCUGAGAACGGGUUCUGGGCUGUGGAGUUGUAUGGGAACGGGUACUGGGCCCUCACCCCACAGCGGACCCCUCUCCCAUUGGCAGGACCCCCCCAGCGGGUGGGGAUUUUCCUGGACUAUGAAUCAGGGGACGUCUCCUUCUACAAUAUGGCCAGUGGCGCCCAUAUCUAUACUUUCUCCGACGCCUCCUUCUCUGGCCCCCUUCGGCCUUUCUUCUGCCUGUGGUCUUGUGGUAAGAAGCCCCUGACCAUCUGCGCAAGCGCUGAUAGGCCUGACAAAGUCACAGUAGUUGUUGAUGCCAAGGACUUCGCUAAGGAGAUCCCACUGUCCGCCAUGGGUGAGGACCCUGCCUCUGGGGAUGCAGGUACCCUCCACUCUAAGCUGAUCCCUACCCAGCCCAGCCACGGGGCACUGUAGGGAAUAGCCCGGCUAAACUGCUGUCCUUUAUGCUAAGCCCUCGGCUCUGUCCCCUCUGAGUCGCCAGCUGCCGGCCUCACCCAACCUGUUUCUUCCUGUUGGGUAGGGAUGGGUUGGUCUUGGGAAGGUUGUGUUGGUGCUGCUAGAGAGUGUGGGGUGUAGGGCCUUCCUAAUCUGUUUCUGUACAGAGACUCGGGGUGGGGGGAGGGGUGGGCAAGGAGAGGACUCCGAAGCUGUUUGUAGUGUUCUCCAACCUCGUCCCCGCCCCAGGCCAAAUCCUAUAGGCGGGACAGCUCAGCCAUCAAGAUGGGGUUAGGUUGGCUUGUGGUUGUGAGAGAAACAUCUCCGUGUCCAGAAUAGGGAUGAGUAGAGGGACAGGUUUUAGACAAGCGGGAAACCCAUAAGGUUCUGGGAAGGGAAAAGUCGAGGCUGAAGUCCCAUAAAGGAAGUUGGGGGGAUAUCGCAAUGGAGGAAAGUAAGGGGAACCUAGGCCAAUGAUGAAUACCCGGUCUGCCCCCCGAGUUUUAGGGCCUAUCUCUCAGAUUUUCUAAGACAUGGCCUACAGAGUAGAGGAAACUGGCCCUACUCCUGUGGGAUCUGAGCACAUGGCAUGGGCGCGUGGAGAGGGAUGACAUGAGCAGGGCUGGGGGCCAGACCGAAGAUUUGAUCCAGGAGAGAACAUGAGACAAAACCGGAGCUGUGUGCGAAGCCAUGACUCAGCUCCUUUCCUCUCAGCAGCCUCUUUUUCCCCCCCCUCUGGGGUCAUUCCAGCCUCACUUUGUGGACCCCAAAACUUUGCAGCUGUCUUCUUCCUUUUGAUGUAGAAUCUCUCCAUCUCAAGAGCCUUUCCAGAAACCCUGGUCAGUGACGUCACCUCUGUACCAGCCCGUGUCAGCCUCAGGGCCCCUCAUCCCAACAUCUGGCUUAACCCCCUGAACGUGCCCUCAGGCAGCGCCCCAAGCAGCGCAUCCUCCCUCCCCGCCGAGCUUGCUGCGCGCGCCGUUUCCCCAGGGCCCCCAUGUGCUGAGUCGUGCUCAGCUCAGCUAGACUGACUGAACCUGCUUGUGUUUGCAUUUUCCCGUACGCUUGUGGCUUGUCAUACCAACGGACUGCAGAUUUAUCUGGGUUCACCCCUUCUACUUGUGUUUUUCCCGUUUCCAGCAUAGAUGUCGCCUAUGGUCUUGACCUAAUAAAGAAGUUUGUUGAUUGCUAAAA